AUGAGGAAGAGUACGAGAGGCGAAGUUGUUUUAAGCGCAUGUCAAAUUCAAGCAACACGUCUUAAUAAACUUGAAUAUCGUCGUUUACAACGUAAUGUUACUUUAUUACAUGAUGAUUUCGAAUCACAUAUUGCUCGAAUACAUCGACAAGAACAAGGUUUAAGAUA